AUGAGCUCACACGAUAAGAUCGCCGCCAGUCUUACUCAGCUCUACAAAUUCUUCAUCAAGUUUGGCUACCUCAAAGAGACGCAGAUGAAGUGGCCUCCUCACAAAGAUCUCGAUCUAGACCUCACACUCGCAAAGAACAGCGGACUUAGUGAAUCCUCAAUCGAACUAUUGAAGAAGAUUCCUUGGGCAGAUGUCGCCAACACCGACCUUGCCUACGAAUCCAAGAUUCUUAGUUACUCGCACGACUAUUCCUUCGAAUCAUGUAGACAUCCUGUCUGUCCCAGUGAAGAUGUCGAUGAAGAGGGAAACCCCCUCCUUGAUGGCAAUUUACUCCCCUUAAGUAUCGCAACGCCGUCAUAUGGCUCACACCUGCUGGUGAAUGCUGAUCGAGGAACCAUCAAAGACUGGGUAUAUUUGGACGAAGGAUUUAAAGACGUGACCGAGAUGAAUGCCUUUUUCUUCCUCGACGCAAUGCGAAAGGAAUAUGAAGCCCUGGAGGAGAUCCCCUCGGCGAACAUAAUAUUGAACUCCGAAGUUGCUCCCCCCGGUGGUGUGGUGAGUAAUGUCGAGCAUCUUGGAUUUGUAAUUCUCCUGACACAGAAGUAG